CCUCACCACCCCUCGUCACAGCCUCGUCACAGCCUCGCCCCAGCCUCGGGGUCCUCUGCAGCCACCUGCGCGUGUACGCUAUUGUCACGCAGUAAGGAGGGGCUGCGAGGCGCUCAGCCCACCAGGCACUCCAGGGAGAGACCGAAACUACAACUCCCAUCACGCCCCACAGCCUGUUCCCUCCUCCUCCUUCCCUCCCCCCUCCUCCCUCGGCCAGCGGCCGGGAGGCUCUGGGCUUUAUCUGCGGACCUGCGGGAGGGAGUCAGGUCCCCGCGAUCUUCCCCGACCCGAGCGAUCUGCCCAGCGGCGGCGGCGGCGGCUCUUAGCCGGGUUUUGCCUCCGUGCCCCCGCCAGCCCCGAACCCGCGGGGGCAGACGGUCCGUCCGCGCGUGCGAGAGGAUGGUGAUCCGCGUGUUCAUUGCCUCCUCCUCGGGUUUCGUGGCGAUAAAGAAGAAACAGCAGGAUGUGGUUAGAUUUCUGGAAGCCAACAAGAUAGAAUUUGAGGAGGUGGAUAUCACAAUGUCAGAAGAACAAAGACAAUGGAUGUACAAAAACAUCCCCCCAGAAAAGAAGCCUGCUCAGGGCAAUCCUCUGCCACCUCAGAUAUUUAAUGGUGACCGAUACUGUGGAGAUUAUGACAGUUUUUUUGAAUCAAAGGAAAGCAACACAGUCUAUUCGUUCUUAGGCCUGAAAUCACGAUUGGCAUCAAAGACAGAAUCUUAGAGAAGACAAGUGGAAGAUGACGGAGAUGCAUUUUGGAGCACCCCCUGGUACUCAGCACACACCUGCUUACCUAAUGCAUCACUGUGACUAAAGCCACAUGCAUCAUCAGUAACUUUGCUUGCCAUGGAGAGGUGUUUUAGGAAGACAUGGGUAUAAUGGGGGAUUGCAUGAUUGCUUAAAACCAAAUCAGGACUGUGGUGGGUUUUUUGUUAUUUUCAGAAUUGCCUGCAACUGCCUCAUUCACCUGGAGGUACUAGAUUUUACCUGUUACAGGUGUGCUUCCUUAAUGACUGAAAAAUAAGUGGGUGGGACCACUGGAGAGAAAAUGUUGGAUCUGCCCUGGGCUGUAUUUGAUGCCAGUAUUGUUCAGACUGGCCUCUCUUUAAGCUGCCUGGAUUGUAUCCUCGAAAUUAGUUUGCCAGGCUAUUAGAAAUCUUUUGAUCAGAAAGAAAGAUUUGCUGGUUGACAAAGAGCUGAAAAAUUUGCUGCAAAAUCACAAAUGUCACGAUUCUGGUGCUUUGUAAUAGCACCUAUAGAAAAAGUUAGAUGUUCUGGCCGCCUUUGGUGAUGGACACUUAUUUCCAUACCUCCAAAUUCCUACAGAUGUUUCCAAAAAUCACUGCUGCAACUAUGUGUGAUCGGGACCAAGUUACAGGGAUAAAAAUAGUUGCUAUUUUGUAAAAGAUAGGCUUCUUUAUCUCUUGCAAGAGAAAAAUUUCAUUUAAAUAUAUAAGACAGCUUAAAAGGUAUAUUUUAGAAGGUGUACAAAUUAAUUAGAUAGUAAAUUUAUAGGGAAAUUACCUGACUCCUAUCUGAAGGGAUUUUCAGCUCUAGCAACUUAUUUAUGCAUACAUAGCAUAUUUUUAAAUGCAGCUUCCCUAACUAAUAGCUGCUUAUUCUAUUUUGUGAAUGGAUUAUAUUUUUUUGAGAAAAGGAAGAUCUUGGUUGGAUAUAUUUUGUGAACCCUUGAUGAGGUUUACUAAAAGAUACUAAUAUUGUGGUACAGUUUAAUUUUUUUCCUGUGUUGCUUUUCAUUGAACCUCUAGCUUUGCUCACAUAUCUGACCAAUGUACGGUCCCAGAUUUUUCAGAGUAAUGUAGAUACAUGUUCUCAUUCCAUAUAUGGCUUCCAGUGGGCUUUCAGAGCAGUGUAUAUGAGAAAGAGGCUGUCAGAGAAUAGCUCUGAAUUGUACUUGGCAUGUAAAAUCUCUACUCCGUUUGGAGUGGAUGCUGAACACGUCUACUCCGUUAGGGCAGAGGCUGCUUUUCUCCAUCCUUAUCCCUGCUUACAGUCUUUAGAGUUUUUAAUUGCCAAACAUGAGCAGUCUUAAAUAGGAUAAAUUCCAAGAGGGCUGCCUAAAAUAUCCUGCUGUUCUAAGCAUCCCAAUGCAGGACUUGUUGGUCAGAUUCUGAGCAGGAUGUAAGAAAUUGAAAGAAUAGAAGAAAGCCCUGUCACAUGUGUUGUUUCAUCCUCCAACUAACUAAAUGUGGACUACUCUAAAGGACUUGUUGAAUGCUAAAGCUGAAAUCCCAGCCUGAGAUUUGCAGCCCAGGACUACAACCAGAAGAAAAGCAUGCCACAGAUUUCUACUUGACUAGAACAAAUACAUGAUCCACGAUUUUCUCUCCAAGGAAAGCUGUUGUGAAAUUAUGGGUAUUACUGUUUAGUUGGCAUUAUUAAAUAAGUUCCAGGUCAUAUUCCAUUUGCUAAAUCCCAGGGACUAUCCAGGAAACUUUUUUUUCAACUGGAUACUGUGUUUGAGUAAAUGAGUCUUCUGAUAAGACCUAGACUUUCAUUUUCAGAUAUCAACAAUUUUCAAAGUUUAAUGCUACAGUGAGCUAACUUACAUUAGUCUUCUCUUCCCAGUGAGUGCUAAGAACCAACUUGGUAAGAUUGAGGGAAAUUCUGGGGUUGUGGGAUCAACAUGAUAUUUGCUAGACUAAGACAGCUACUCACGUUUGUUCAUCUUGAAACUUUUGAAUUACUGUGGUCACAGUAGGACCAGAAUGGCUCUCCUGAACGGACUAGAUGGAUAGUAGUGCUAAAUUGCUACCAGUUACACGUCGUCUAAUGCUCACCCCGCCCUUUUUUUUUUUUUUUUUAAUCAGCACAGAACUAGGAGAGACCAGUCCUGGCUGGUAUUGUACUUGUUAUGAGUGAGGUAAAAGCACACGGUAUGGCAUUUACCGCAAUACUUGGGCUCUGCAGAGUAAUGACAUAUUGCCUUCUGGGACCACAUUGUAUUCAGAGAAUAUUGUUUCUUUACUGUACUGUUUUACCAGCUAAAUUCCAAACAUGUAAUGAUUCUUGUUCCCUUCUUUAACUAACUGCCUUUAGAUUUGAACAUUCACAGUCUUGAAAACCUAGGAAAGAACUAGGUGGGAAUAUUGGAGACAUAGAUGUAGUAUCAAAGGCAUUUCAAGACAAUUUUUAUUUCCUGUAGUAGGCUUAUUGGGACAAAGGAAAUGUGCUGCUAAAAAUAAAAUUCCAUUUUAAAAUUAGAUCAAAUACAGAGUGCCAUCCUGCUAGGUAUAUGCAGACCAAAAGAAAAUUUAGUUGGGAAAAUAAAUUCUUCCAAAUUCUGGUGUUCUAUUAAAAUCAAAGAGGAUAAAAGGAAGAUUUUUUUUUUGUCUCUCAGGCUCUGAUACACUUUAGAUUUGUUUCUGUUUUAUAGAUUCCUUCAAACACCUAGAUGUUUUUAUAUUACAUGAAUUUAAUAAUGAACUAAACUUAUUUUUGUCCUCUGUUAUUUAAAGGUACCAAAGCCUCUUUCUGUUUUUUUAUUUUAAUUUGAUUUUGCUACAUAGCAUUUUGCUUUUUCUAGAAAUGCUUUUCAUUUAACAGCUUUUCUUAAGUGUCAGGGCCUACUUUGAUCUGCAUAAUUAUUGUUUUUAGAUUUCAGUGUGUAUGUGUUUGUCUCUAAAGGCAUUGGUGAAAUCUCAGAUUUUCUAUUCAGCAUUAAAAAGGAAUAAAUUCCAGGAAACAUGUAUUCUGAAAA